AUGUUCAUCCUCUACUUCAUGUUGUCCUCGAUGAUGGCAAUCGACGUCUUCAUGGGCCACGUGCUUUUCACUUCUGUCAUUGGUAUCGUCUUGGGCACUCAGCGCGGUCUCAAUGGCAUGCGGAAGGCGGGUGACUCUGCCGUCUUCCUUUCCGACUCCGACCUGGGUGUGGGGGAGAACAACCCUCGAGCUGGGAAGCUCAUGCAGCGUGUCUUUGGCAACGGCUGGCGCCACACGUGGAAUCUCAUCUGCUAUCGUCUUUGGAAGGAAGACGUGCUCAGCAGCCAAGAGGCCGAUCAGCUCAUGCAGAUGGCCAGCAAGAGCAACUCCGACAAGAAUCCAGAUGCCCCCGUCUACCUGAACACGCUCCAUCCCGUCGUCCGGGAGCGCUUUACUUUCUUCUUCGCCUCGCUCCGUACCAUCUGUGAGGAUCGGAUGCGAAUGGAGGAGAAUCCGCCGAUUUCGCACCAUGGGAUCUUCCGGACACAUGACAUCAUGCCUUUGUCCCAAGUACUGCCAGCCGUGAACGAAGAGGUCAUCCUCCAAGACGCCAUGCUCACCGGCAACAAUGGAGAAAACCUCCGGUGGAUCAUCGGCAAGUAUCCGAAG